AUGGCAAGAGCUCCUUCUAUUCGCCAAUUCACCACAUCCAGAUCUAUCGCACCCGUUCGGGGUCUUCUUAGGGGUUUCAAACUCGUAGAAGAGUCCAAUACCAUUGGAAAACUCUUCCAAGUCCACGCGAGGCUCAUCGCCUCCGGUAACUUCUGGGAUUCCUCUUGGGCCAUCAGAUUGCUGAAAUGUUCGUCGCGUUUCGGAGACGCUAGCUACACCCUUUCGAUAUUCCGGAGCAUCGGCAAGUUCUACUGCGCAAAUCCCGUCUUCAAGGCGUAUCUGGUCUCUUCUUCUCCGCGGGAAGCGUUGGGGUUUUACUUCGAUAUACUGAAAUGUGGCUUUGUUCCUGACACCUACACUUUCGUCUCCUUGAUUGGUUGCAUCGAGAAGACUCGCUGCGUUGAUUCCGGAAAAAUGUGUCACGGGCAAGCUAUUAAACAUGGAUGCGAUCAAGUUUUGCCUGUCCAGAAUUCGCUGAUGCAGAUGUAUAGUUUUUGUGGUGCCAUUGAUCUUGCGAAGAAGCUGUUUUUCGAAAUACCCAAGCGAGAUAUUGUGUCGUGGAACUCGAUGAUCGCUGGGGCGGUGAGACGCGGUGAUCUCCGAUCUGCUCACAAGCUGUUCGAUGGAAUGCCUGAGAGAAAUAUGUUUUCUUGGAAUAUCAUGAUCGACGCUUAUUUGAGUGGUAACAAUCCCGGAGUCUCGAUUAGUUUGUUCCGUGAGAUGGUCAGAGGAGGAUUCAAUGGAAAUGAGAGUACUUUGGUUUUGCUACUCAAGGCUUGUGGUAGAUCAGCUAGACUGAAGGAAGGUAGGUCGGUCCAUGCUUCUUUGAUUAGAACCUUGCGGAAUUCGAACGUGGUCAUUGAUACAGCUCUUAUUGACAUGUAUGGGAAGUGCAAGGAGGUAGAGUUAGCACGUAGGAUAUUCGAUAGUUUAUCCCGUAGGAACAGAGUUACGUGGAAUGUGAUGAUAAUGGCACAUUGUCUUCACGGGCAUCCUGAAGAUGGGCUCAGAUUGUUUCAAGACAUGAUCAAUGGUAUGGUUAUACCUGAUGAAGUGACGUUUGUAGGUGUUCUCUGCGCUUGUGCUAGAGCUGGGCUUGUUUCACUAGGAGAAAGUUACUACGCCCUGAUGGUUGAUGAGUUCAAGAUCAAAAGGAACUUUGGACACAGUUGGUGCAUUGCUAAUCUUUACUCCAGCGCUGGGUUCCAAGAAGAAGCAGAGGAAACUCUGAAGAAUCUGCCAGAGGAAGACGUGACGCCGGAGUCUGCAAAAUGGGCUGACUUGCUCAGCGCGUCGCGUUUUACAGGAAACCCGGGUCUGGGGGAGAGCAUUGCCAUGUCUCUGAUAGAGAGAGAUCCCCUGAACUACAAGUAUUACCAUUUGCUGAUGAAUAUUUACAGUGCUGCGAGGCGGUGGGAUGAUGUUGAUAGAGUGAGAGAGUUGGUGAAAGAGAGAAAGAUAGGAAAGAUACCUGGUUGUGGCCUUGUGGACUUGAAGGAAAUAGUACAUGGCCCAAAGCUAGGAUGCGAAGAGGCAGAGGUUAGUGCCACAGUGAAAGGCUAA